AUGGAGGCCACACAACAGACUCAACGACGCGAGUCGACAUUCCUUACUCUUGUACCACACUCCGAGGCAAAGACCGUUGCCUCUGCAUCAUCACCCAUUGACGAUGCCAACCCUCUUUCUUCCCCCUCUGAGGUCGUUCCAACAAUCAAGACACAACGGAGCACCAGCGAUUCAAGCACGAGCAGCGAUUCAACGAACCGCUUUCUCCGCCUAGGCCACGCUGAUGAGUAG